AUGGUUUCUUUGAUUCAGCAGGUUUUUGGCCCGUAUAUAUUAUCUGCUUCACAAUAUACAUCAUCGCAAAUACCGCUCUCGCUCUCCAAAUCAACUACGUCGCUCUCCCAUCCCACAUAAAGUACAGUCGGCCGCGGGAUCGGGUACUGUUGCUUAUCAAACACUGUUGUGGCAGAUAUUGCAACAUCUGCUGAAAAGGAUAUUUACGUUGGCUAUGCAUCCCCGGUGGCAGGGUUUGCACCCGCAGUUGGUCCAAUCCUUGGUGGAAUCAUCUCACAGUACACCAGCUGGAAGUAGAUUUUCAGAUCCCUAGCUAUCUCUUCCGCCGUUUUCUUUUUCUUCAUUCCUCUUCUACUCUUCAUGUCUGAAACUUGUAGGAAGAUAGCAGGCGAUGGAUCGAUACGACCCCCAAAAAAAGUCAUUGCUUGGCAAAUAUCAGCGACGAACAUAAACUUCUCAACCAAGGUAUUACUCCGGGCUAUGCAAAACGAUAUGAGCUAGCUGCAGCACGCCAACUAAGUUUCCCAAAUCCGUUAGCAACUUUACGAAUAGUAUCUGAAAAAGAAGCAGCACUUCUACUCUUCUACGCCAGCAUCGUCUACGCAGGCUUCUAUGCUAUCAUCUCUGAAUGCCCUCCGAUUCCACAAUAAAUACGGCUACGACGAUUAAAAUUCGGGCUUGUGUAUCUUCCGAUCAUUGGCGGUUUUCUAGUUGCUGCAUUCACACAAGGAAAGAUUACUGAUUAGUCAAAUUUCCGUGGAGCUCGUCGUUUGGGAAUGACGGUUGCGAUCUCAACAGCAAGAUCCUUAUCAUUUUCCUAUCAAAUAUAGCACGAUAGCAAGUAGGGUUUCGAAUGAUUAUGUUGAAGAGCUUGAGUACUGUUACUUAUGGAUGGCUCAUGCAUUUCAGAGUUAAUAUUGCAAGGCACUGUGUUAUUUUGCUGGUUUCAGGUAUACGUUAAUUGCGAGUGCAAGCUGCCUACAGUAUAUUGAUUGUGGAUGUUAAUGCUAGGGCUGCAAGAGUAGCGACGGCGGUAUUUAAUUUGGUAAGGUGUUUGUUGGGAGCGGGAGGUACGGCGUUGGUUGUGCUGAUGGUGGAUAGGAUAGGAUAGGAUGGGACUGGGAUGAGAUGGGCAUAUACCCUUUUUAGGUUGCCGUAUGUAGUUUUGAGUUGCAUAUUACUUGCUGUGAUAGAAUGGGGACCGGGAUGGAGGAGGGAAAGAGCUGAAAGUGAAAGGGUUAAGGAAGAGAGGAGAAAGGAGAGAGGAAAUCGAAGACGACGGGAACAAGAUUGAACCCUAAAUCGGAAGUGUAGGAAUUGAAGCCAGAUGUUGUUCCCAUCGAGUUUGAAUGACUUCAAUAUAUUG